UCUCUGUCUCUCUCUUUUAUCUGGCUCCCACACGAUCAUCCUUUAUAAUUCAGUUUCUUUCUAAAGAUCUCUUUGACAACAGCAAAAAGACAGAGAGAGAGAGACAUAACAAAUCAUUAACUGCAUCUUUUUGGUUUUGGUGACGUUGAGACAUCCUACAUAUAAUGUCUAGCGGAGAGGAUUUGAAAGAGCAAGGAAACCUCACUAGUGAGGCAGAGAAGUCGAUGCCAUCAUCACAUCAGGAGGAGGCUGCUGUAAAGAACAAGUAUGGAGGGCUCAUGCCAAAGAAACCACCUCUCAUUUCCAAGGAUCAUGAGCGAGCAUACUUUGACUCAGCUGACUGGGCUCUUGGAAAGCAAGGUGUUGCGAAGCCAAAGGGACCUCUUGAAGCUCUUCGUCCCAAGUUACAGCCAACCCAGCAGCAGACGCGAUACAGGAAGUCUCCAUGUGCUCCAUCUGAUGGCGGUGAAGAUGGAGGAGCUUCUCAGGCCGAGGGAGUUUCCGGCAACGAGGAGUAGAGAGACAAAAGAGAGAAAAUGGAAACUCUUGUGUAAUAAUAAUAACUUUG